AUGAGAGGGAAAGCAAUUACGAAAGACAAUAGCGAAAGAUCUGCUUUACACAAAAGAAAAGAUGAUAAUUCAACUGUAAAAAAUAUUAAACGACAGCGAAAUAAUUUAAUAGAGGAUGAAGAAAUGUCAGGAGAGCUAUCAGAAGAGGAAGGUAAACCAAAGUCAAAAAAUACAUAUCUAUUAAAGAAGUUACGACCUGAGUAUCAACUAAAACUUCAAGAGACCUUUGAGGAUCAAUGCAACCUUGUUAAAAUCUCAAUACUUCUAAGAAUUACAAAUGCUUUGGAUAAGACAACAUUUCCAGUAGUCGAUAGCGUAAUUUAUAAAAUACUACAUCAACUUCAUCGACACCAAAGGGAUGAAUUCAUCACAGAACAAAAACUGGCAAUAGUGGUGGACAAAUAUAAAAGAAGGAAGCAUAAUAAUGGACAUAAAAGAAAACGAAGGGCAAAAACGAUAGAUCAUUUAUCUGAAGUAAAUGAUAAAUUAAUAAGAAAGAUAGCAAAAAAAGGCUUAAUGAAGUUACAGACAAGUAAUCAUUACCAUUCUCCAGAAAUCUCGGAAACGGAUGAAGAAUCGGUAAAAAGAAAGAUCGUAGUUUAUAACUUGAAGUGGCAAUCACAAGCUCUGAAAGAGUUGUUAAGAAACUAUAUGGAUAAAAUUAACGAUGAAAUGGUGAAAGUAAAGCCAUUUCGAAUAAGAAGUCAUGGACCAGGGUUUGCAUCGGAGGACAAGCCACCAAUAAAUGCGCCAAAAUGGAUAUUGGCCAAAUACGAAACUGAGACUGUAGAAGAGGAGAAUGAAGUCGAUGAAGAGGAUGAAGUCGAAAGCGAGGGUGAAGUCGAUGAAGAGGAGAAUGAAGUCGAUGAAGAGGAGAAUAAAGACGAUGAAGAUGAUGAAGGAGAAGCUUCAUAG